GUGAGCUGCCGGGCUGGCUGUAAAUCGUCAGUUGGAGUUCAAACUCUUGUGGAUAACGACGUGUGUUCCGUGGGUGUAUGUGAUGAAUAUGUCCGAUUGAUCGUGUACGAAAUAGAUAAUAAAUCAGUACACCGCCAUUAUCCAACAAUGUCAAAGUGAAAAAAAAAGAUACAAUGGAGUCACAAAACGCACUCAGGGUAUUAGGCAAAGCGCACUUGUCGCAUCUGCCCCAGAGACCACCAAUUAAUCUCGGCUUUCAAGAUCUGUCCUACACAGUAUCGGAUGGGAAAACCUCAAAACUUAUACUGCGUGGAAUCAACGGGGACUUUCGCUCCGGGCAGCUAACCGCGAUCUUAGGACCAUCUGGCGCUGGCAAGAGUACACUGCUUAAUAUACUAGCGGGAUACAGGGUGAAUGGGUCAUCCGGCCUUAUCACAACGAAUGGAGAGUCCAGAGACUUACGUCUGUUCAGAAAGUUGUCUCGUUACAUAAUGCAAGAUGAUUUGCUGCAGCCUCUCAUCACAGUGCAGGAGGCGAUGACGAUAGCAGCGGACCUGAAACUCGGAAACGAUAUAAACAAAGAGAGGAAGACUAUUAUCGUAGAAGAAAUAAUACAUUUGUUAAGAUUAAGCAAAGCGAGGAACACGUCGAGUGAGCGUCUGUCGGGUGGUGAACGGAAGCGAUUAUCUAUUGCGUUGGAACUGCUGAACAACCCGCCUGUCAUCUUUCUUGAUGAACCAACAACUGGUUUAGAUGACGUCGCCUCAUCAACUUGCGUUUCACUUCUGAAACGAGUCGCUCGAGGUGGCCGAACUGUUAUUUGUUCCUUACACACUCCUUCUGCGAGGAUAUUCUCCGUAUUCGACCAUGUGUACGUAGUAGCGGGCGGUAAAUGUGCCUAUCAAGGCACUGCAGCGGGUGUUAUACCGUUUUUGAACGAAAUACACCUUCCUUGUCCGAAAACUUAUAACCCAGCUGAUUUUAUAAUAGAAGUCUCGAGUGGUGAAUAUGGUUCCCACAUAGACCAGAUGGUAACAGCAGUUGACAAUGGUAGGUGCCAGAGGUGGAGAAAUUAUGCAAUAGAAGAUAAUAUUGAGGAUGUGGAGAUAGAGGAGUUAAACACUGGAGUGAUGGAGAGACAUAACUACAAGUAUGAGAGUACACCAUGUCAGCAAUUCUCUGUACUAUUAAGACGGAUGAUCCUGCAAACCAUAAGAAAUAGGGGCUAUCUCUGGUUGCGAAUAGUACUCCAUGUGUUCCUGGGUGCGAUUGUGGCUGCUCUAUUCAAUAACAUAGGUUACGAUGCUUCUAAAACCUUAUUCAACUUCGGGUUUUGUUACGCAUGUAUCAUAGCUAUGUUGUAUACGACGAUGAUGCCUGUUUUAUUAGCGUAUCCAUCAGAAGUUCUCUUAGUGAAGCGCGAAUAUUUCAACAGAUGGUACGGCUUGAAGCCAUACUAUGCAGCCUUAGUCGUCUCCCGGACUCCUCUCACCAUCUUCUUCUCUCUCAUUUAUCUUGCUAUCGCAUAUCCUCUGACGUCACAGCCGAUGGAAUUUUCUAGAGUAUUGACGUUCGUCACGACUUGUGUUCUGGUAGCAUUAAUAUCGGAAUCAAUGGGAACGCUGAUAUCGUCAAUGUUAAGUGUCGUGAACUCAAUGUUCGUGGGACCAGUAGUCGCAGUACCCCUGAUGUUGUUGGCGGUAUACGGUAUCGGCAGUGGAGACGAAGCUCCGCCUCUUAUUUGGAGGUUGGCGCGUUACUGCUCCUUCAUGAGGUACGGCCUGGAGGGCCUCAUCAUGGCUGUAUACGGACCACCGAGGGAUGAUCUUGUAUGUCCUGAUGAUGUGGUCUACUGCGAGUAUAAGAGUGUGAAGUAUUUCGUGAAACUUAUGGGUAUGUCGGACGUGUCACUUUGGGUUGUAUUUGGUAUGCUACUAGUAUCAUUGCUGGCAAUGAAUCUUGGAGCGUACUACCUUCUGAGACAGAGAUUGUCACCGAACUACGCCUUCCGAGCCAUAAAGGUCAUUGGAAGGUUCAUUAAAUCUAAAAUGAGCCUUACGUUGUAGCCUUAAGUUCUAAGCUUAAUAUAUCUUAAGUUAAUAGUAAUAGCGAUACCUCUCCGAUUUUCAGUAACAGAGUAUUUCUAAUUAUUUUUUCUUAAGAAGACGUUGGUAAUUAGUGAUUAGUAUUUAAUAAGUGGGUGAAGCAACUUAUAUAGAAACGAGUACGUAUUCUUAGUGUCCAUUUUUUAUUAUUAUUAUUUACAUUGACGCAGUUUUUUUUAAUCUAUAACGUACAUAUUAACAACAGACUAUAUACAAAUAGUAUUUUGUUGUUUUGACAUUUGCUUUUUUUAUAUUGCAAGUUGUAUGAUUAAAUUUGUUUGUCUAUGUCUAUGACUAUAAUUAUUUUGACUAUAUUAAUUGCAAUUGAAUAUAAUCAGAAAUAAGCGUAUGAGUUAUGGCAGAGCUUAUAAUGAAUAAAAUAUUUACAUAUAUUAUUAAUUUGGGAAUAUUAUUAUAUUAAAAUUAAUUUAUGUAAUUACAUUUAUCUCAGUGAUUAAUAAAAAAUAAUACAUAGAUUUUAUCAUUAAAUGUGAUAUUUAGUAUUAAAUAAUAGUAAAAUUUUUAAACGAGUAAAUAUUAUUAGGAUUUUUGGAAGUUAUAUUAAAAAAUAAGAUGACACGAACGAUAUGUUUUUAUUGACACAGAAAGUUGUUACGUAAAAAUUAUAGCAAUUAUAAAAAAAUAUUGUAAAGCAAAAAAAAUAUGUUUAUAAUUAUAAUUGUUUUAAAUAAGAUUUGCUUUGAUAAGUAGUAUUAUGAUAGAUUGUAAGAAGGAAAUGUGAAGUAAAAAUGAAAAUUGGUAGGUUACUGGUUACUAAUACUUAUUUUUAUUAAUGUACAAAAAACUUAUUUCUUACUAUAAUUUAUUAUGUAAUUUAUCCUAAAUGGUGUUAAGACUGGAUUUUUAUAA